CACGGUUAAAAAUAUCGUUUUGUUUUGUUGAAUUAAUGUGAAUUAAAUGUUAAAAGCGAGUCACAAAGAGACGAUUAUUGCUCGUGUGCCGGAAAUUAAACGUUGCUUGAAAGUACCGAAAGCGUCGCGGCUGUAUGUCGCGUGAAGGAAUUUGUGUCAUGAAUUUACGAUUCGAAAUGAAUCUUUCGUUAAUUAUAUAUUUAUUAACACUUCCACGGACACGUUUUAGAAAGUAUCGAUUAAAAUCGAAUCGUUUUCGAAGUUUGCGUGUUUUGAUUGCUAUAAUAAAGUAUUUGUAAUGGGUAUAUUUUAUGAGGGAUAUACAAAUUGUAUCGUGUGUAUAUGUGAAUAGAAAAUCAAAAUGUCUAAUCCUUCAUCAUCAUCUGGUAAUUCUGGUAAUUCUGGUAAUGUUCAACCUAAUAAUUCUGAUAAUGUUCAACCUGGCAGUCAACGCAUAACGCGAAGAAUAACUGUAAUUAAUAGUUUUGCUCCUGGUGAAUGCACUUGUCACAGACCAAGUGGUAUCGUAGUCUGCAAUGCUUGUGGUUUUUCUGAACCUGGCAGAAUACGUUAUUCCUGUCCUGUUCACCAUCGGAUUAUUUUUGUGACUGAUAUAAUAGAAUGUUCCAAAUGUAAAGCUCAUCUUGAUUCAUUGAGUGAGAUAUAAAAAGAUUAGGUUCUGUAUGACUAUGGUUUUUUUAAAAAAAUUAAAAUAAUUUUAUCAUUGAUAUAUAUAACGUGUAUGUGCAUAUGUAUAUACUAACUGUAUUAAGUUAUUGUGACAGAUGUUGGAAGAAAGGACAAAUAUAGACUGAUUUAAUUAAGAUGUCAUUUAUUUUUAUACCAAACUAAUAAAUUCAUGAGUGUGAAAACCAGCUAGGAAAA